AUGUCCGGGGACGUGGUCAGCCCUCCCGCUGCUGCGGCCGAAAAAGAAACCGACCGCGAUCUGCGCAUCGCCUUUGACGAUGCCGCCCACCCUAGAGGCCGAACCGCAGAGCAAAUCCGGCAGCGCAGGGAUUCGCGGUCCUUGUCCCGCCGUCGCUCCCUGAGCCGCGACGGCGGCAUUCCCAUAUCCCCCUAUUCUGGAAUCCCUAUCCAAUACCGAACUCUUUCCAUCCAGGUUGCCGAGUCGCGAAAGGUCGACACCGACUCUGGCGCGGACCUCAAGUCUGGCAACAAGGGCAGCGAAGACUACUUUUCCAACCUGACCUUUCACCAGCUCCAGCCCGACCAGCUGUGCCAGCAGCUCAAUGUCUCCCAAGAACAAGGCCUUUCGGAAAAUGCGGCGGCGAAUCGCCUGCAACGCGAUGGCCGCAAUACCCUCCCAAAGCCAAAGACCAACUACAUCAAAAAGAUACUCAUGUAUCUGUUCGGCGGCUUCUGCUCCAUUCUCUGGGUCGGCGUCAUCGUCUUCUUCGUGUGUUGGAAACCGCUGAGCGACCCUCCGUCUCCCACCAACCUCGCCCUCGCUAUCCUGGUCAUCAUCGUCAUCCUUCUCCAGGCUGGGUUCUCUGCUUUCCAGGACUGGUCGACCCAGCGGACGAUGAAGUCCAUCACCGACCUGCUGCCUUCGGAAGCGCUCGUCAUGAGAGACGGCCAGCUCAAGAAAAUCCCGGCGAGCGAACUCGUCAGCGGGGACGUCGUGCACCUUCAGAUUGGCAACAAGGUCCCCGCCGACUUGCGUCUCAUCAGCCACUCGGGCGACAUUCGAUUCGACCGCGCGAUCCUCACCGGCGAGGCGGACGAGAUCGAAGGCGCCGUCGACGGCACCGACGACAACUUUUUGGAAUCCCGCAACAUCGCCCUCAUGGGCACCCUGGUGGUCAACGGCAGCGGUGUCGGUGUCGUCAUUCUCACGGGCCCGCGCUCCGUCAUGGGCCGCAUCGCCAAGGCCACCGCUGCCACCGAGGAGCGCGCUACUCUGAUCCAGAAGGAGAUUUGGCGCUUCGUCUACAUCAUCGUCGUUCUCACCGUCUGCCUGGCCCUGCUCAUUCUCUUCACCUGGCUCGGCUGGCUCCGCCGGGAUCACUUCGCCUUUAUGAACGUCGUGGCCAUGCUGAACAAUGUCAUGAGCUGCGUCGUGGCCUUCAUCCCCGAGGGCAUGCCCGUCGCCGUCGCCCUGACUCUCAUGAUGGUGGCCAAGAAGAUGAAGGCGGUCGACAUCCUGCCCAAGGGCCUGUCCACCGUCGAGACGCUGGGAUGCGUCAACGUCAUCUGCUCCGACAAGACCGGCACCUUGACGCAGAACCAGAUGCACGUCAACUCGGCAUCCUUCAUCGACGAGCCCAUCCAAACCGACGACUUUUACCGCACCGCCGCAGCCGAAAAGGCCGACGAGAGCACCAAGAAACUCCUCCAGGCGGCUUCCUACUGCAACGACGCAACCUUUGAUCCCACCACCAUGAGCCUGCCGAUCGAGGGGCGCGUCGUCCAGGGCAACGCCACGGACGCUGCCGUCCUGCGAUAUGCUGCCACCGCCACGGGCAGCGAGUUUGGCACGGCUGUCGCCCCGCGCGUCUUCCAGAUUGCCUUCAACUCCAAGAACAAGUGGAUGCUCACGGUGCACCGCAAGACGGAGCAAGGCGAGGCCUCGUCUCCCAACGAGUACCAGAUCUUUGUCAAGGGCGCCCCCGACGUGCUGCUGCCGACCUGCACAAGGUACUGGUCGCGAAAGUCAAACUCUGUCCAGCCCAUGGACGACGCCGCACGGGCUGCGUUCAAGACGUACCAGGACAAGCUCUCGAGAAACGCGGAGCGCGUCAUUGUCCUCUGCGAAAAGACGCACGCGGCCACGAAUGCUCUCGGCACCAACGCCUUCAGCGACGAGCUCGCCCUCGACGCCACGGCGGACCUGACCAUUGUCGGCAUCCUCGGCAUCAUUGAUCCCGCCCGCCCGGAAACCGCGCACACGGUUUCCGAAUGCAGGAGAGCCGGCGCGCGCUUCUUCAUGGUGACGGGCGACUACGGCCUCACCGCCGCCGCCAUUGCCCGCAACACGGGCAUCUUCAGCGGCGACCGCGACCCCGACACGGUCGAGACGGUCAAGUCAGCCAAGGUGUCGGCCAAGGAACUCUCGGUGGCCCGUCAGGAGGGCGAACGCCACAGCCUCCUUCUCGAGGGCCACAGUCUUGCCGGCCUCGCGGAGCCCGACUGGGACAUUGUCUGCGAGUACGGAGAAAUCGUCUUUGCGCGCACCACGCCGGAGCAGAAGCUUCGCAUCGUGGAGGAGUUCCGCAAGCGCGACAACGUCGUCGCCGUCACGGGAGACGGCGUCAACGACGCGCCCGCCCUGAGGGCCGCCGACGUCGGCGUGGCCAUCGUCACGGGCAGCGACGUGGCCAUCGAGGCCGCCGACCUGGUGCUGCUCGACCGGUUCGACUCCAUCAUCGAGGCCAUCCGCUGGGGCCGCCUCGUGUUCCAGAACCUGCAAAAGGUCAUUGCCUACCUGCUGCCCGCGGGCUCGUGGUCCGAAAUCUGGCCCGUCCUCGUCAACGUCUUCUUCGGCGUGCCCCUCCCCCUGAGCGCGUUUCUCAUGAUCAUCAUCUGCGUCUUUACCGACCUCUUCCUGUCCCUGUCGCUCAUCAUGGAGAAGGAGGAGUUUGACCUGCUGAGCCUCCCGCCCCGGAACCACAAGCGCGACCACCUGAUCAACACCAAGAUCUACGUCCAGGCGUACCUCUUCACGGGCUUCAUGGAGACGUGCACCGCGCACGCCAUGUUCUUCCUCUACUACUGGCAGGUGGCCGGCAUCCCCAUCAAGGACCUCUUCUUCGCGUUUGAAAAGUACAGCGACGGCUUCCACGGCUACACGCAGGACGAGCUGACGCAGUUCAACGCCGCCGGCCAGUGCGUCUACUUUGUCACCCUGGUCAUCCUGCAGUGGGGCAACAUCCUGGCGGUGCGCAACCGCCGGCUGAGCAUCGUGCAAGCCGACCCCAUCACGCAGAAGCGGCGCAACCCGUGGCUGAUGCUGAGCAUGCUCAUCUCGCUGUGCAUUGCCAUUUUCGUCACGGAGGUGCCGGGGAUCCAGAGCCUGUUUGGGACCGCGAGCGUCCCCAUCCGAUUCUGGCUGAUUCCGCUGCCCCUGGCGCUGGGGAUUCUGUGCAUGGAUGAGAUGAGGAAGCUGGUGGUUCGGGCGUUUCCCAACGGGCCGGUGGCCAGAAUUGCGUGGUAG